AUGUACGAAACGCGCAGUGAGACUCCCUCACCAGUGUACCGCCAGUUGACUCCAAACUCUUCGCCGGGCUUCGAGGACUAUGGUCAAACCAGGCUCAUGGACUUGACCAAUUCAAACGAAAAAUACCUACCGACCACUUUACCACAUCACGAUGCCCACAGUGCCUUCAAUGUCUAUUCCUACCACCAACAAAACGAAGGAAAAAUAUACCAGAAUGACAACUUGAGGUACUACGAAGAAUACGAUGACAGGCGACUGCCUUCUCCUAGCUACCAAGAUGACCAACAGGAUUUUAGCUACACAGAGUCCUUCAUCAAAGUGGAACCGAUAGAUGAAUCCAGUGUAUUGAAGUCCAGGACCAUCGGGAGGAAACGCAAAAGCGUGGAGUCAGACGACGAAAACUCGUUCUCCAAGGCCAAAUCCAGGAGGAAAUCGCCCCAAAGCUUCGAGGACUUGCAAACACAAAGAGUGAUGGCUAACGUAAGAGAAAGACAAAGGACGCAGAGCUUGAAUGAAGCUUUCGCUAGUUUGAGGAAGAGCAUUCCUACUCUACCGUCGGAUAAGUUAUCGAAGAUACAAACUUUGAAGUUGGCGGCGCGGUAUAUUGACUUUUUGUACAACGUGCUGUCUACGUCUACCCCGGAAAAUCCUGGUGAGAGUGACGUUUUGGGGAAUGUUUGUUCGUAUACGGCACACGAGAAGCUAUCUAGAGCUUUUAGUAUGUGGAGGAUGGAGGGUGACUGGAACACUCAGUUGUGA